AUUGUGUUAAGAGUGGGAAUUAUGAACCCUUAAGGUCAUUAGCUUCGAAUGCCAAGGCCGAAGAAGCCAAAUCGACUCCCUUUAGAGUUUAUCAAUGUACCUUUUUCCAAACCGAAAGGCGAGACUGUAUAUAAAACAUGCUCUGAAGUUUAUCCGGAAGUAAAAAGAGCGCCUACUAAUGAUGCUUACUUUUGGUUUGAACCAUGCUUUAAGACUGUAAAAGUUGAAAAGAAGCGACCAAUAAGUAGGAGUACUUCGAGUCCCCGUCAACAUUUACCAGAGUUACAAUUUUUAUUAAAUGGGCCAAUUCCGAUUAAUUCGAUAUCUUCUCUCAAAAAACAGAAGUCCUGUCCCUUGUUCCCUUUGAAGUCACCUGAAGUGCUUACUCGAAAAGUUGUUGUGUUAGUCGAAGAGACUCCUGAAAGUACUAAUCGUAUGACGCGAAGAUAUUCAAAGUAUAAUUCCACGGUUAACGCUUUGUCUGAACAAUUAUCUGAAUGCACCGAAGAUAUGUUAAAGCUGACAAUUAAAAAAUAACAUUUCAUUUUAUACAUCUUUUUGAUUUGGACAUUUGCAUAACUGUAUGAUCACCUGCCUUCUCACCUUAUGUGCCCUUUUUUAGAUAAAUAAAUCAUCUUUUUUC